AUGUCAACGACAAAAAACUCCACAGUCUCUCACGUGGAGUGGGACAUCAACGAUAGUACGGUACCUUCGUGGCGCAUUAGUCAAAUUUCAACCUACGACGGUUUUCAGGAAUGGGCAGACGGCCACUGUCGUUUUGUGUACCGGCCGGAUUGCGAGGAAGCCCGGCGACACUCCAGUGGCUGGGCGAUGAGAAACACCAAUAACCAUAACGUCCACAUUCUCAAGAAGUCCUGCCUCGGGGUUCUACUUUGUAGUCUACGGUGUACUUUAGAUUCUGGAGAAAAAGUGACUCUCAGGCCUGCCAUCUGUGAUAAAGCCAGGAAAAAACAACAAGGUAAACCUUGCCCUAACAGAAAAUGUACCGGUCGUCUGGAAGUUUUGCCUUGCAGAGGGCACUGUGGUUACCCUGUUACCCAUUUUUGGCGACACACAGAUAAUGCCAUCUUUUUUCAAGCUAAGGGUAUCCACGACCACCCGAAACCGGAACCUAAGGCGACAGCCGAGGCUAGAAGAUCUCUCCAUGGAGGCAUUAAACGGCCGAGAAGCAGUACCAGCGCAACGGGAGAGCAAAGAAUCAGAUUAAACGGACAGGCCGUGUACAGUGGAAAGGAAAUUGGCUGUUUUGCCCGCCUUUUUCCAGUUCGGAGAGAGAACGAAUUGGAGACGGAUUAA